AUUUUAGAAAGUUGUGAAGAGUCACCUCCAGGCGACUAAGUCAAACGCAAAAAACAAGCUAACCCCUCCACUUUUUCCUAACCACUUAGCAAGCAGUUGGUGAAAACCUUGCAAGCUAAAGAGUAGGAAAGGCGGGGCCAUCGUUAGCGAGGUCUGCGCCUGCGCGGAAGCUCAGCCGGUGGAGCGCGCGCACCGCGGCUGGAGUAGCCACGAACGCGCCUGGGCCUCUGUGCCCCGCCCCCCGUGCUUCCGGCGACUUGGGGGAACGUUCUGGAAGUUUGGGAGGCGACGUGGCCCCAGGGACCCGCUGAUCUGAUUGUGGCACUAUUAGAAGAAGCUGGGUUGAUCUAGACACAGACAGAUGGCUGAAAAUGGCAGAAAAGAAAAAAUAAAAUGGACAACCACUAUUAUUAUUAGCUCAUCUCUUAAGAGUUGUGAAGUUGCAACUGCCCUAGAAAAUCGAAGCCACAAGAUUCGGUAUUCAGAUUCCGUGGAAAAUGGAUCAAUUAUAUUUUCUCUUUCUGGACUUGCAUUUUUAUUGAUGGAUGUUAAAGAAUGCUUUAUAUCAGCUGAAGAAAUAUUUCUAGCCAAAAUUGAGAAGUUUAUUAAUAUUCACCAAAAGAGUUUUUUGGUUCUGUCUGCUGCCCUCCAUGGGCCUGAGGAAUGGAAACUGAUGUUCAGGAUUCAGCAGAGAUUCCUGGGUAGUAAUUUACGGAUACUUCCAGUACACAACACAGUAAAUGCUAUUAAUCUUAUGUGCACUAUAGCUAAGACUGCCUCCAAACCAUACACAGACAGCAUUUGCUAUAGAAUGAUAACAACUGAGGCUUACAUCAUUGAGCAAAGUCCUGUUUGGAAGACACUUCAAAAGUUAAAACUGAGUAGUGAUUCAUUUAAUCCAAAUUAG